AUGGACUCCUUCCAAAACAAAGUCUACGCAAUAACAGGCCUAGCCGGCAUCGGCCUCGCUGUCGCAAAGCAACUCCACGCCUGCGGCGCACGACUCUCUCUCGCAGACAUAUCUCCUUCAACUCUCACAGCCGCCAUCGCCGCCAUCACCCCUUCAACGCCAAACCCCUCGACUAUUUUAACCACGGUGCUCGACAUCAGUUUCUCUGCUGCUGUGAACGACUGGAUCACAUCGACAGUGAAGCACUUCGGCCGCCUCGACGGCGCAGCAAAUAUGGCCGGGACGAUCGGUUCCCAGCACGGAGUUGGCAGAAUCGUGGAUCUGGAGGAUGAAGAGUGGGAGAUGUUGGUGCGUGUGAACUUAUCCGGGAUGAUGUACUGUGUUCGUGCGGAGGUACGGGCGAUCAUGGAGAAUGCACCGGAUGGAACAGGGAGUAUUGUCAAUGCGAGUAGUAUACAGGGGAUUCGGGGGUUUGCCUUGCAUGCGGCGUAUUCAGCGACGAAGCAUGGGGUUGUGGGGUUGACGAGGUCUGUUGCGAAGGAGGUUGGACCGGGGAUAAGGGUUAAUGCUGUUGCACCGGGAUCGAUUCAAACGCCGCUUCUAGAGAAGGCGACUGCGAUUCAGGGUGGAGUUCCCUCGAUGCCGACGGCGAUUCCUCGGAUCGGGACGCCCGAGGAGGUAGCACAGACUGUCUUGUUCCUGCUGAGUGAUGCUGCAUCGUAUACUACCGGGCAGGUGUAUAGUGUGGAUGGUGGCUGGGACCCGUGA